CAAACACGAGGAAAUCUGCAGAUGCUGAAAAUUCAAGCAACACACAUCGAAGUUUCUGCUGAACGCAGCAGCCAAGCAGCAUCUCUAGGAAGAGGUACAGUCGACGUUUCAGGCCGGGAGCCUUCGUCAGGACUAACUGAAGAAGGAGCUAGUAAGAGAUUUGAAAGUGGGAGGGGGAGGGGGAUAUCCAAAAAGUUCCAAAAUAAAAUUCAGCUGCUUCGAUACGCUGGGACCAGACUCGGGAGUUGAGCACAAGAGCACAUUUACCCACUAAAACAAUAACGAACUCAAAGAGAUCCGAAUCGGGAGACCCAGUACAAGAGAACCGGAAUCUGUUAACAUCCGUCUUCACAAUGGCUGAUGGAGCCGACGAGGGACGAGACUCAGUGGCGUCAACAUCAGAAAAACACCCGGGUCCGAGCUCAGUAAUCACCGAGCUCCUGGCAACCUGGAGCGAUUUCAAGCUUCUGCAGUUGAUUGACUUCUACCGGGACAGGCUGGAGCAGGCGAUGGAAGGAGUGGUGCACGGAAUGAGCCUGGCGUUAACGUUCGAGAAUCAGUUAACUGAAGAGGAACAUCGGAAAUUCUCUGAUCUCGCUGAUAAGGGAGAGUUGGCGGAUGGUUCAAAACUCCUCUUGAGCCUGGUGAUUGAGAGAGGCUCCCGCGCCCGGAGGGUGAUGUGGGAAUCGUUUGUGAAAAUGCGGAAUGGCGUCCCAAAGUUGGACAAAAUACUUAAAGAAAUACAGGAAUAUGGUUGUGCACCGUACGAGCGAUCAGAUCCCGCUCAAGGUUUACGGGAGAUCCCCAGUGAGCUGAAAGAUGUUCAACAGAAACACAAGGAGACUCUGCGGUUACAAACUGAAACACUGAGAGUGAACACGAUCCUGAUGACGGAGAAGGUGAAUGUUUUCCAGCUGGUUGAUCGAUACGCUGAGCUCACGGUCAUUUCUACUAUUCGUGAUCGGAGACUGGUGGAACACGAGCUGCUGGCGAGAGGCAGAGACCACGAGGAGUGGAGAAAACAACAUCUCCACAGAGAGCUGGAAAAACUCCGGACUGAUCAGUUGUUCCAGAGCAGCUUUUCCCAAAGUAAAUGCAAAUCUGGGAGUUCGGCAGCAUUGGCUGGAGUCCCGGGCAUCGGGAAAACAACAAUGGUGCAAAAGAUUGUUUAUGACUGGGCCACGGGGAAAAUAUACCAACAAUUCCAGUUUGUCUUCAGUUUCAAAUUCAGGGAUUUAAACUCCAUUAACUGCAGAAUAAACCUGAGGGAACUUAUUUUGGAUCAGUAUCCUUACUUUGGGAAUUUCCUGAGAGAGGUUUGGAAAAACCCAAAGGGAUUGCUGUUUAUAUUCGAUGGCUUGGAUGAAUUCAAACAUAAAAUCGAUUUUGCUGACAGUCGGAGAGAUACAGAACCUCAGCACAAGUGCCCAGAUCCCGAGUGGUGGUGUGAAGUGUCGGAUAUUGUGUACAGUUUAAUCCAGCACAAGCUGCUCCCAGGGUGUUCAGUGCUGGUGACCACCCGCCCCACAGCAUUACAUUUAUUAGAAAAGGCAGAAAUUAAUGCCUGGGCUGAAAUCCUGGGAUUUGUCGAUGAAGAACGGAAGGGAUAUUUCAUCAGGCAUUUUGAAGAUAAGACGGUAGCAGAAGCUGUUUUCAAGCACGUGGAGGAGAACAAGAUCCUGUACACCAUGAGCUACAACCCCUCCUACUGCUGGAUCCUCGCUCUGGCACUGGGACCCUUCUUCGCAAAAAGUGACAGGGACCCACAGCGAGUUCCCAAGACCAUAACCCAACUCUAUUCCUACUAUAUUUACAACAUCCUGAAAAACCACGGCCGUGAGAUCGAGAACCCCCGUGCCGUGUUACUCAGGGUUGGUCAGAUGGCCUUCAGAGGUGUGUUUGACAAGAAGAUUGUAUUUACAAAUGGAGAUUUAAUCAACUACAAUCUGAAGCCUUCCCAAUUCUUGUCUGGGUUCUUGAUGGAGCUUUUGGAGAGAGAGGAUGCUCCCCGAUGUGUGGUGUACACAUUCCCACACCUCACCAUCCAGGAGUUUGUAGCGGCAGUCGCACAGUUCCUGAAUCCGCAUCCCGGGGAUAUCCUGAAAUUCCUCACUGAAGCCCACAACACUACAGAUGGCCGAUUUGAGGUGUUUCUCCGUUUUGUUGCUGGCCUCUCCUCUCCAAUGACAGCUCGGGGCCUGGAGGAGUUUCUGGGACCAUUUCCCCGUCAAACAACCUGCUGGGUGAUUGACUGGGUGAGGGAGGAGGUUAAACACCAGAGUGGAAACACGAGGAGUGAAGCUGGUAAAAGGAGCCUCCUGAACACACUGCACUACCUGUUUGAGUCUCAGAAUCGUGGGCUGGCUCAGGCCGCACUGGAAUCUGUGGAAACACUUUCAUUCAGUAGAAUGACACUGACCCCGAUUGACUGCGCGGUCCUGUCUCAUGUCAUCGGACUCUGUGAUACAAUAAAACAUAUCGACCUAAUUGGCUGCCACAUUCAGUGUGAAGGAAUCCAGCGGCUGGUACCUGGGCUGCACAAAUGCCAGGAGUUGGGACUUGGGAUGAAUAAACUGGGAGAUUCAGGAGUGAAACUGCUGUCUGCAGCUCUGAGGAAUCGAGAGUGUAAAAUACAGACACUAUGGCUGAGCAAUGUCGGUCUCACAGAUUCUGGUGCCGAGCAUCUUGCCUCCGCUCUCAGUACAAACCCUUCACUGACGGAGCUGAACCUGAAUGAAAAUGAACUAGGAGAUUCAGGAGUGAAACUGGUGUCUGAGGCUCUGACGAACUCGGAGUGUAAAAUGCAGAAACUGUGGUUGUACAAGGUCGGUCUCACUGAUGCUGGUGUCGAUGAUCUCGUCUCCGCUCUCAGUGCAACCCAUUCACUGGCAGAGCUGGAUCUAGGAUCAAACUCGCUCACAGAUCAAUCUGUCCCCGCUCUUCGCCGCCUCAUACUGGCCCUCCCGAGUCUGGAGCGGAUCUGGCUGUGGAACAAUCGGAUCAGUUGGACCGGGGAAGAGGAACUGAAGUCUCUGCAGGAGCUCAGAUCCGGACUGAGUCUGAUACUGUGAACAUCUGAAUGUGUGCACAUCCCCACCCACAGUUUGACAGACUCUCCGCCCACCCCCUCCCCCGCGCCUUUAAUGGCCGCGUGACAGAUUUAAUUCCCAAAGUUUCUAACGGACCCCGUCUCCAGCAGCGCGCUCUGUGACGUCAGAGUCAGUUCCAGAGGACGUAAUUCCACCUCCGGAUCAGCGGAACAGCCUCCGAUGUAUGUUCAGUUCGGAGAGCUCCCCCAAGCGAUGCCCUGGGUAAUUACACAGACAGUAAGAGCCCGGAGGCAGUGCUCAUGGGACACCAGUCCCGGGAUGGGGUAAUCCGGGGAGUGAAUCCUUUUGCUCACUUUGCUGAGGACGGUACAUUCCGCAGUGUGGCCGAAAUAAUAAUGUUAAAUUGACAAAUACCCGCAACCUCAAAUUGAAAAACAAACCGUACCUCACAUGUCCUUUAGAAUUAUCCCCAUCUGAUCUUAAAUUCAUGGCCCGUUCUACUUGAAAUUUCAACCCUGAAGAAAAGAUACUGUCUGUCUUGUAUAUCUGUGCCGCUCAUAAACUCAGAAACAUCAGUCAGAUCUACUCUCAGCCUCCUCCGCUCUAGAAAAAACAGUCGCAGUUUGUCUAAACUCCCGUCAUCGCGCAUGCCCUCUAAUCCAGGUAGCAUCCUGGUUAAUGUUUUCAGUAUCCUCUACAAAGACUCGACAUCCUUCCUCUAGUGGGGCCACCAGAGUAAAUGCAUUACUCCGGGUGCGACCACACUUUGUUAAGCUCUCCACCUUUCUUGUAAUACCAUGAGCACUUACCUUAUUAAGCAGCCUUAUGUGCCGCACCUUAUCAAAUGUCUGAAAAUCCAAAUAAACAAUAACCACUAACUCUCCUUUGUCUGUAUUUGCUGUUAUUUCCUCAAAAACUGCAUCAGGAAAGAGAGAUUUCCCUCCCAACCACAAUCUCCUGUCUUAUCUCCGUAUCCUUUCAUGCUCUGACUAAUCAAGAUUCUAUCAACCUCUGCCUUAAAUAUAACGGAUAACCUGUCCUCCUUAGCCAUCUGUGGCAAAGUAUUUCACAUAUUCUCCACGCUCUGAGUAAAUACAUUCCUCCUCAUCGUUCUAGGUUGACUUCCUCCAGCCCCCUCUAUUAGGAGGCUGUGUUUUCUGCUCUCAGACCUCUUCCAUUCACCUCCAUAUCAUGAGAAACAUCCUCUCUGCAUCCACUCUAUCCCAGCCCCCUCUAUUAGGAGGCUGUGUUUUCUGGUCUCAGACCUCUUCCAUCCACCUCCAUAUCAUGAGAAACAUCCUCUCUGCAUCCACUCUAUCCCAGCCCCCUCUAUUAGGAGGCUGUGUUUUCUGGUCUCAGACCUCUUCCAUAUCCACCUCCCUAUCAUGAGAAACAUCCUGUCUGCAUCCACUCUAUCCCAGCCCCCUCUAUUAGGAGGCUGUGUUUUCUGGUCUCAGACCUCUUCCAAAAGCACACGGUAUUGGGGGUAAGGUAUUGGUGUGGGUGGAGAAUUGGUUAGCAGACAGGAAGCAAAGAGUGGGAAUAAACGGGACCUUUUCAGAAUGGCAGGCGGUGACUAGUGGGGUACCGCAAGGCUCAGUGCUGGGACCCCAGUUGUUUACAAUAUAUAUUAAUGACUUGGAUGAGGGAAUUAAAUGCAGCAUCUCCAAGUUUGCGGAUGACACGAAGCUGGGUGGCAGUGUUAGCAGUGAGGAGGAUGCUAAGAGGAUGCAGGGUGACUUGGAUAGGUUGGGUGAG